CUGCUGUUGCUGUUGUGCUCAGUGCUCGAUUUGUGGUAUAAAAGCGUUGCACGCCCUGAUUUUCUUUUGAGUUGUCGUUUCGUUGCGCAGAGUCUCGAGUCACGAGUCGCACUUAAGCAAAUUGAAGCCCAGGCGUGAGAUUGGUGAAAACGAAACAGAGAAAAUGCUGAAACUGUACAUUAAGCAUGGCCUGUUGCUGUUGGCGCUGGGCGCACACAUGGCGUACGCGCAAUAUAAGGAUUAUACCACGCCCGUGCCCAUAUUGAAGCAGAUCGAUAAGCACAAUGACGACGGCUCUUAUACGUACGGCUAUGAGGCAGCCGACAAGAGCUUCAAAAUCGAAACAAAGUACCCGAACGGCGAAGUCUACGGCAAAUACGGCUAUGUGGACGAUCAGGGCAAGGUGCGCGAAAUCGAGUAUGGGGCCAGCAAGCGAGGCUUCGAGCCCGCUGGCAGUCACAUCAAUGUGCCGCCGCCGACGCUCACGAACAGCAAUCCGUAUCCGCUGGGACCCAAUGAAAUCGACGAUGGCCAGUAUCGCGAGGAUCCGUCUGUCUACUACAAGGAUCAGAAGUACAAUCGACCCAUUGCCGCCAGCAAGUUUAGCCUGAGCGACAUUGGGCGUGGCCAGCAGCAGCAGCCGCAAUAUGCGCCUGCUCCAGCUCCGGCUCGGCCGUAUUAUAAUCCCACACCACAAUACUACAAUCCGCCUGCACCACAGCCGCGCUUCUACCAGCCGCCAGCCCCACAGCCCUACUAUGCACCACAGCAGCCGCAGCAGCGGCCCUACGCUGGCCUGCCCGAGCAACAUCAUCCGGCAUUGCGUAAUCUGAACAUCUACACGGGCUCCUACAGCAUCGACUAUACGGGCAGGAAGUAGGCGCGGCACCCUGGGACUAUAUUUUGUAUGUGUGUGAGUGUGUGGCUGCCGAGAGAGAGAUUGCGACUGAUGUCUGUGGACAAUGUCAAUUUUGUUACUGCCAAAUAAAUCAGUCACUCCCGAUGUCAAU